AUGAAAGAUCAAACAAAUCAAAACUAAUUAAGAAAAUACAUCCUAACUAAUUUGAGAAUUCUUUUAGUCAUUCAUCAAAAACGUGUAAAAAUAUACUCAAUGCUGAAAUAUAUUUUCCUUUUUUUAGGAUAAUUGCAAAGUGCUUUUUUCUAUCUGUUUCCAUGCUACAUCUCUUCUCUUAAAAUGUAUAAUAAAUUCAUACUGAUUUAUCUCAUUAGACCUGAUUUACUUUUAAUUGAUAAUGUUAUGAUUGAUAUUUAAAACAUAUACCUAUUUCUAAUCCCACUUAUUAGCAUAAUCAUUUUUGAUUUAAUGAUUUUACAAGGGUAGGUCUUAAUUGAAUAUUAGUUUAAAAAGCAUCCUACACAUCAACAUCAGCAAAUAAUUAUUUAAAGCUCCUUAUAAUAGUUGAUAUUAAAUUUCAAGUCUUUAUACUCUCAAUUGUUUAUUGUUUAUUUAUAUAUACCUGCUCAAGUAUUAUCUUUUACAUCAUUUGCCUCUUCAGAUACCAUCAAAGAUAUUGAGAUAGUUAUAUUAAGUAUUAUAACAGUAAUAGCUAACAUUUUUUUUUAGAUAUUGAAGUUAACAGUCAGUAAUACAACUAUGGAUUUAUGUAUAACUGGUUAUGAAAGAUUAUAUUUUACUAAAAUAGAUUGCUUUAGAGAAAUUAUUAUAUUAAUAUAAGUCAUUUUAUAUAGUAUUAUUGAAGAUAAUGAAAGGGCUUAAAUAGCUUAAGGAAUAUUAUCUAUAAUAGUUAGUCUAUCAUUAUUAAUAAAUAUAUUUAUGGAUAAAACUAUUGUUGUUGAAGGUUAUAUAACAUUAACCUUAAUUACACAAAUUAGUUUGUUAUCAUUAAUCUCAACAUCCCUCUUAGAAUUUUGGCAAUUAGGCCUAUUAUUGAUUCCCAUUCUUAUUUUUGUGGGAUAAAGUUAUAGAAAUUAAGAGCUUUUUAAAUUAAAUACAAAUAUCUCUGAAGUUAAAUGUAUUAAAAAAAUUAUUGAAUACAUUUCAUAUCAAAUUAAUAAUCAUUAAAAUUAAAAAUCAACUAUUAAUUAAAUCUCAUAAUCAAUUUUAUUAAAUUAUCAUAGAAGGAAAUGUAAUGAUAUUAAUUGCUAUUGUAAUACUAUUGCUGAAAAAACAGAUGAACCAUAUAAAGUUCUUUAUGUAUCAGAUCUUAUUCAAAAGAAAUUUGUAAUUAGUAAAAUAAAACAAUGGAAUAAAGAGUUGAGCAAGAAAAGAAUAGAUCUAUCUGAUUAACAUUGGAUUUAUUAUAUUAGUACUUUAAAUCAUUAUGGUCUCACAACUACUGCAUUUCAAGAAUGUAAUCGAUUAUUAUCUUUAUAAAAUUCAAUCAAUCGUGGAUUUCUAAGUCACAAUGAUCUAAAUUCUUAAUCUUAAAAUCAUCAGCCAAGUUUACCAUCUUAAUAGAGUGGAUCAUAAUAACAUAGAAAAGUAUAAGCAAAAUUAUCAGUGAAUUCACUUGAAUUAAAGUCAAAUCUAAAAUUAAACAUUAGAAAUUAAAUGCUUUCAUUGUUAUCAUUGAUGAAAUUAGAAAUUAUAAGCAAAGAUAUAAGAAUAGAAUUAUAAAACAAUUUUUUAAAAUUAUAGACUAAAUAAUAGGAAGAGAUUGCAGAAGCAAUUUAAUUAUAUUUAUUAAGUGAAUAAUAAAAUUAAGCUGUUAAACAUUAAGUAUUGAAAUGUUUGUAAUAAAAAUUAUAGUUUUAUAAUUUUAUAAUAAACAAAAAAAGUUAAAACUCUUUAGAAUUAUUUAAUAAUGCAAAAAUCUUAUCUAAUUCAUUUUUUAAAUUAGAAAAAAAAUUAUUAUAAUAAUACUCAUAAUUUCCUAGUUAAAAAAUAUAAUCAAUAAAUUGUUUCUUCCAAUCAGAAUUACUUAAUAAUUAUUUAACUGCAUUUAAAUUAGCCAAUUUUAGCACAAUAGCUGAUGAAAAAUUAUUAAAUAUGAGAAAAAACAUAAAAAUUAAUUUAUUUGGUAAAAAUGUAGUACACAUGUUGAUGAAUUUAAAUGAAGGCUUAUAAACAAUGAAUAUUUAUUAAUUUAGCAAUAAUGCCUAUGAUUUUUUGUAAAUCAGUUAUGAAGAUUGCAUGAGAGAGUAUAAGACAAUUGAUAAUUUAUUACCUUAAGCUAUAUUAAAUGAACAUCAUCUAUUAGUAUAAAGAUUUAUUAUUGAAGGAACUAGUAAAUAUUUUAGAAAUAUUGAAUUAAGUUUUCUUUAAUUAUUAAAUGGACUUGUUAAACCAUUUAAUUUGAUUAUAGACAUAAUUUUGAAUUAGUCUAACAAUUUAUCUUUUGUUGCAUUUUUUGAAGAGGUUUCUAUAACUAAUUGUUAUAUAUUAAUUGAUGUAAAUGAAUAAUGUGGAGGUAUUAGUUUCAAUUUAUUUGAAAAAAUAGGAUGGAAACAAAAUGAAAUUAAAUAAUAUUCUAAAUAAAUCAAUCAUGCUUAUUAAGUUAACAUUAAUUAAAUAAUUCCUAACUUUAAUGAUUUAAAAGUUUCCUUAAAAGAAUAAAAAUUUUAUAAUACUCCAAUUAAUCUUUUAACAAAAAAAUCUAUUACAACUUUUCAAUAGAAGUCAUUCUUAUCCAUUCAUGAUAGUUGGAAAAAUAUUGGAAAUGUAAUCAAUUUAAUUGGAACUAUCAUAAUACAAUAGAGAGAAUUAUAUGGAUACUUUUAUUAUAUAAUUGAAAUAGAGGAUAUUAGAUUAGCUUAAACAUUUUCUCAUAUGAUGAACACUGAAGGAAAGGGUUUUACUAUUUAAUUGAAUGAGAUUGAUAAUACAGCUAAUGAAAUCGAAGUUAGUGAUUUAGUUGUUUCUUGUACUGAGGCUGGAGUAAACAAACCAUAAUCUUUAAACAUUUUUGCAUUAUCAUCAUCAAUAUCAGAGAAAGAUCAGGAUAAUUCAUAUUCUAAUUAAUAAUUAUAGGCUAUUCUUCAUGGAUAAUAAAUCAUAUAAGAUAGAGAUGUUGUUGUAUCAAAGUUACUUUAAUUAAAUUAAAAUUACUAAUAUUAGACUUAUGAUAUUUAAAAUAUCAAUAAAAAUGAUGAAAAAUAGAAUAUUGGUGAUGUCAAUCCAAAUCAAAGCAUUAGAAAACUAAUAGAUACUAGCAAAUCUUUUACUUAAUAAAGGUUUUUUAAUUAAGACAUAUAAGAUUUGGAUUAAUCAAAUAGUAAAAUAAGUGAUGCUGUUUAAAAUUAAAUGAAAGAUGUUAAUUAAAUGUAUGAUGUAGAUCUUAAUAAAAUUGAUAAAGAAAUGAGAGAAAAUAUUAGACUAUAAUUAUAACUUGAACUUGAUCAAAAAAAUUAAGCCAAUUAGUAAAUGGAUGAUGCUGCUUCUCAAGUAUCAUCUCUAAUAGGAUUGAAAAAAUCACUAUUUUAUAAAAAAUAUGAGCUUAUAAAUAGAUUAAUGGAAAGUAAUUUAAGACCCAGUUCUUAUAGAUAUUGUAACUUAUUGCUAUUUCUAUCUUAAAUAAUAGUUAUUAUAUAUUGUAUAAUCAUAUUAACAAAUCUCAACUAAGAUUUUAAUAGAUUUAUCUAAGAAGUAGAUAUGCUUUUAUUUAGUUAUAGUUUUAUGACUCCUUUUGAUAUAUUCUUAGCUUUGAGAUUUUCAACUGUUUAUUAUUCUAUAUAGAUGUUUACAGGCAGAAUUUCAGCUAGUGAAAAUACCUAAUUAGGAGAUUGGUUAGCAAAUCAUUUAGGAGAAGGUUAUGAUGUAAUGAAAGAAAAUUUCUUAGAAUAAUUCUCCAAUCCAUAUAUCUUAGAGUUUUUUACAGAUGAAAAUUUUGAUGUACUUUUUAUGAAAACUAAUUCUUCAAAUAUGGAAAAGAAAACAAUUUCUUUUAGAGAAUCUUUAAAUGUUUUAUUAUAAUAUUAAUACUAAUUUAAGAUUGCAUAUCAANAAUACAGCUAAUGA